AUGUCCUGCCAGCAGAACCAGCAGCAGUGUCAGCCCCCUGCCAAAUGCCCUUCCAAGUGUACUCUGAAAUGCCCCCCAAAGUGUCCAUCCCAGUGCACAGCACUAUGCCCAGUUUCUUCCUGCUGCAGUUCCAGCUCUGGGGGCUGCUGCAGCUCGGGAGGUGGUAGCUGCUGCCUGAGCCACUACAGGUGCCACAGGUCCCACUGCCACAGACCCCAGAGCUCCAAUUGCUGUGAAUGUGAGCCUUCACGGGGCUCCAGCUGCUGCCACAGCUCUGGGAGCUGCUGGUGA